UGCCCUUCUUUCUCGCUUGCGUGGUGCCGUGCUCCCUUCUUACACAACUUGCCUGGGCAAUUAAGCAACGAGUUCUGAUAAUAAUUAGUUAUUACCACCGGUAGCCCGAGAGCAACUCUCCUGCAGAUACACACACACCUGUAUUUCUGAUCUGCCUUCGGAAAGCUUUCUCUCCCAGCUGGCGAUGAUUUACACCCGCUUCUUAGCCAGAGCGCAAGCCAGCCUCCGUCUCCGCAGCCACCUAAUUCGCCAGUGCCUCGCAGAGCUCCUGGGGGUCUUCAUGUUGAUCGUGAUUACUCUGAGCGCAUCUGCACAGGCCACCACCAGCGAAGGGACGAAGGGCGGCUAUUUUAGCUCAGCCCUGGCAAGUGGAAUUGCUGUGAUGGUAGCCAUCCAUGUUUCGGGAGGAGUCUCUGGAGGGCACUUAAAUCCAGCCUUUUCGCUCACCAUGUGUCUGCUUGGCCAAUGUCCAUGGUGGAAGCUGCCCAUCUUCUCUGUCAUUCAGACUAUGGGAGCCUUUUUGGGCGCAGGCGCAGUCUACAUGCUUUAUUACGACGCCAUCCACAGCUACAGCAACGGGACCCUUGAGGUCACCGGAACCAGAGAAACCGCCUCCAUCUUUGCCACCUACCCAGCUCCCUACCUGUCGCUUGGCAACGGCUUCUUCGACCAGGUCCUGGGCACCGGGGUGUUGAUAUUGAGCAUCUUGGCCAUUAUCGACUCCCGCAACAAGCGCAUCCCACAUGGACUGGAGCCCAUGGGGGUGGGCUUGCUAGUCACCGCUCUCAGCCUGGCAAUGGGAGCCAACUGUAGCUGCGCCAUCAACCCAGCCCGGGACCUGGGCCCGCGGCUCUUCACCUACCUGGCCGGAUGGGGGCCCCAGGUGUUCAGUGCCGGAAACUACUGGUGGUGGGUUCCGAUCGUGGCUCCGAUGGUGGGGGCCACCAUUGGGACGGCUGUGUAUGAGCUCGGGGUGGAGUUUCACCACCCACUGCCCCAGGACGAGGAAGAGACCUCGACCACCAAGAAGCAUCAGCCAGGGACGGAAAAGGAUACGGAGAUCCCGAUUUAUGCCGUGAAUAAGUACGCAGAGGAUUGGAGAGGCGGGAGCACAGGCAUCCCCCCGGACGGGGGCCAUAGCAAAUGGGAAACUUCAAAUUCCCUUUAAAACGGGACAGGCGCUGGAAGAGGCGAUAGACUUAAUCAUUUUGUUUUUAUAUAUUGGAUGGAGUUGUUGCUAUUGGUUUUAUGACUGGUGUAGGUCCGUGGGGGCGUGAAUUCCACACAAAAGAGCGAUGUUUUGGAAUUCACGAAGGACAGCAUUUCCCCAUAGAUGAACUUUCUCGCUUGCUAAGAUCAUCACCUGAGGUUGUGUGCAGAAAGACUCCCACCUUUGGGGAUUAUACAAUGCCGACAACCAGAGACAGGGCCUUUUUUGUGGUGGCACCACUGUGGAACAACCACUCUGGAAGUACCGUAUUUGCUCAGUGCCGACUCUUUUUAUCAUAUGGUGGGAGGAGGCUCUGUCAUGGUUUCACCCUAAAGAAUUCUGGGAACUGUAGUUCAUUAAGGAUGCUGAGAGUCAUUAGGAGACAGCGCUAUUCCCUUCCCAGAGCAACAGUUGACAGAGUGGUUCAGCAAUCCAUCCAUAUUUGCAGUGGACUCUGGGAAUUGUAGCUCUGUGAAGGGAUUCUCUGAACAACGCUCAGCAACCAGAGCAAACUACAGCUCCCAGAAUUAUUUGGGGGGAAUCCAUGACUGUUUAAAGCGGUAUUGUAGCACUUUAAAUGUGUUUUGUGAACUCUUGCAGCAAGAGUUCUUAUCGCAGCAAAAUGGAAGAGUACUGAAAUCCCCUCUAUACAUGAAUGGGUCCAAAAGCUGACAUAAUAUGCUAAAUUAGGUCGUCUAUCAGAAAAAUAAAUAAAGAAUAAACCAAAACAGGAAUUUGUUUCAAAAUGGGAGGUUUUCAAAGAGUAUUUAAAGUAUAACUGUUGCAGCGUUCAAGGAACUUCAGUAAUAACUGCAAGUUAGAUAGACGAGUUAAAACAUAUUAAGAGAAUGUUAAAUUGUGAUAAAAGGUGUGUAUUGGCAAUAAGUAAUAGGAAACUGAAUUAUGGAACAGAUGGGAGGUCGGGUCUAGAGUGCUAAGACCAAUUUAUGUUGUAUUGCUUGGUAAGAAAAUGUUACACUUGUUAUUUUUGCGUGUAAGUGUGUAUUUAUGUUUUUAUGUGUGUAAUUGUGUAUUUGUGUGUUUUUUUCUUUGU